AUGAGUAGAUCGUCUGAGACAGGAUCUACUUCCCAGCCCUUUUACGACUACGAGAGUGUCCAAACACUCAAUUUGACGGCGACCCAAAGCCCCCAUCUCCAGAAUAACAAGCCCUUCUAUUCGAAUUCCAGCUCUGUCGACUCGAACGCAACUUCUUUGAGUAAUAUUACGUCUUCGCCCACGUCGCAGAUCAGUGCCAGAAGUUGUUAUCCGAUGGAUCCGAGGACGUUUCAAUUAAAGGUAUUUUAUAUUUUGACUGCUUUGUUUCCUCUUUCGAUUCUGUUAUUUCAAAGUAUGCGCACAAUUCUUCUCCCAAAGUUAUCGAUUUCGCUGCCUUAAUCUUUGUUGCGAAAUCUAUCAAUUCUUUUCCACUCCAAACUUACCAUUCACUGUCAGAUUGAGUCUAUUUCUUAUCCAAAGGGUCCAUGUUUGAGGAAAGGGAUAGUUAUUACAAAGUGCGUGUCUUUACCAUCGCUUAUAUUGACUAAUGACUUUGAUCAGCCAGAGCGAUCAUUUCAUUUAGUAAUUCGAAUCUCGCUUCCACGAUCGUUGGAGAGUAACUUGAGAUUAUUGAGACGGUUAGAAUCUUAUUUUUUAUUCGCCACUUUUUUGGAUGCCGACCCUGAAAUGUCGUGUGGUGGAGUGUCUUGGGGAAGCGUCCCCACCGAAUCACAGAAACGCGUCAAAGCUUCUUAAAAAGCAACCCUGGAGAAUUUCCUUUCUCAUCUUUUGGGGAGUCACGUUUUUUAGUUUCAGAACAACUUGUGCAUGUACGGGUCCGGUCUUCAGACGGCUUCCAGCUCAGCUCCAACAGCCCUGGAUUGGUCGCAGCAAACCCAAUUGGCCAGUUACAAUAAAGAGGGAAUGAAACAGGAGAAUGAAGAGGAGGAUGAGAAGAACAAUGUCGCCGUGUAUCCCUGGAUGACACGAGUCCAUUCCAGUACUGGUAAGUCGUUGUUUACUUUUUUGUUGGUCUUUUCCGCCUUUUCAAACAUCUAUUUUUACCGGGAUCUUUUAUUAUUAAGAUCGGGUUCACGUGCACCCAUUUACAUUCAAUUAGAUCGCCAUAACUCUUGUUUUAAUGGCUAUGUCAUCUUUAGCGAGUUUACUGUGAUUUAUAUUUCCUAACCGAGGGUUCCCUUUGAAGUGUUGCCCAUUCCAUCCGAAGAUACGGAGAUGGUAUCAGAGGGGGCGACGGCGGGGCUGGAUGCAGGCACUGUAUUUCCCCUUGUCAGACUUUUUAACCUGGGUUUUGCUUUCCUUUUAUGAUUUAUUAGGGCUUCAUUUAUUGUAACUUUCUGCUUUAAAAUGAAUUUGUGGCAAUCGGCGGUCCCACCUUGGCCAUUAAUUUUCGCAAAACACGAAUCAUCGGAGGCCUGUCGUCCUGGAUUUAAAUUCAGAAAUCUGGCGGGUCUCAAAAAAGACUUGUGACCGAUUCUCUGGGAAGUCGAGUCCCUCUGCCUCUGAUCACGGACGUUUAUUAAUGAGCUCCGUGGACACCAGCAGAUUGAAGGGAGGGCAAGGGGGUCUGUUCUGGGCUGAGACGAGCGUCCUUCCGGUCCCCGUUCCCGAAAAAAGGCCAACCGCUCUUUUCGGCCGCGAACUGUCCACUCGAUAACGAUGAUAAAUUGAAGACACCGACUUCUGGGAAGAGCCAAAUCAAUUCUUGUGUAUAUCACAUCUUGGCAAAUUGCAUCGGGUUUCCUAUUGCAUGACUCUAGCGGUCAAACGGCGUCCCCGCUCUCGCAACAUUCCAAAUAUUACACUUUGGGAUGACGUCCAAAUCCAAAGAAUGAAUUUUCUUUUCUUCUCAGGUCCUGCGGCCAUAAAUUUCCACGCAGUUGUUUUGGCCACUGAAAUUGGCCAGAAGUCGGGAUUGACUGCAGAAUUUAUGGCCUUAGAAAUGUCAGAAACAAAAGGGUAAAGCUCUGUUUUCAGGUGGAAAUAGAGGCGAAAAGCGCCAACGGACCGCUUACACUCGGAACCAAGUGCUGGAGUUGGAGAAGGAGUUCCACUACAACAAAUAUCUGACUCGGAAACGACGAAUCGAAAUAGCCCAUUCCCUGAUGUUAACCGAACGACAGGUCAAGAUCUGGUUCCAGAAUCGGCGGAUGAAACACAAAAAAGAGACAAAGGACCGACCAAUGCCUGCGGGUUUGGGCGAGGUGGGAGCGGCAAUGGCAGCACAACAAGCGGGCCAGAAUCAGAUGGCUGUGGCCAAUGCGGCGAUGCAAUUCCCAUCGAUGGGAUUUGGACAUCUCGGAUUUCCCCGGAAUCUCCUUUUAACCAACAAUUACAGUUAA